GUGAUCCUUUUCCAGUACCGAUGUGUUUCGCGAUCAAGAGUGUCCUUUCCGGCAGAUUGACAGACGAUGGACACGUUAAAUAAACUAAAGCAAUUUGAUGCAUAUCCCAAAACACUAGAGGAUUUCAGAAUUAAAACAUGGGGUGGAGCAACCGUCACCAUCAUCAGUGGGCUCAUCAUGCUGAUCCUGUUCUUCUCUGAGCUGCAGUAUUAUCUCACAAAGGAGGUCCACCCUGAGCUGUUUGUGGACACAUCACGGGGAGACAAACUGAAAAUCAACAUCGACGUCAUAUUCCCUCACAUGCCCUGUGCCUACCUCAGUAUUGAUGCCAUGGACGUAGCAGGAGAGCAGCAGCUGGAUGUGGAACACAACCUGUUCAAACAGAGACUGGACAAGGAUGGCAAACCUGUCACCACAGAAGCUGAGAAACAUGAGAUGGGUAAAGAAGAAGGGGGGGAGGCGUUUGACCCCAGUAAAUUGGACCCAGAAAGAUGUGAGAGCUGCUAUGGUGCUGAAACGGAAGAUCUGAAGUGUUGUAACACCUGUGAUGACGUGCGGGAGGCGUACCGCAGACGGGGCUGGGCCUUCAAGAACCCAGACACCAUCGAGCAGUGCAAGAGGGAGGGCUUCAGUCAGAAGAUGCAAGAGCAGAAGAACGAGGGCUGUCAGGUCUAUGGAUUCCUGGAGGUCAACAAGGUGGCUGGGAACUUUCAUUUUGCCCCAGGAAAAAGUUUCCAGCAGUCUCAUGUCCAUGUGCACGCUGUGGAAAUUCAUGAUCUGCAGAGUUUUGGACUGGACAAUAUCAACAUGACCCACUUAAUCAGGCACCUGUCUUUUGGGAGGGACUACCCCGGGUUUGUAAACCCUCUGGAUGGCACGGACGUUGCAGCUCCGCAAGCAUCAAUGAUGUACCAGUACUUUGUGAAAAUAGUCCCAACUAUUUAUGUCAAAGGAGAUGGAGAGGUGGUGAAAACAAACCAGUUUUCUGUGACCAGGCAUGAGAAAGUGGCUAACGGACUAAUAGGAGACCAGGGUCUACCAGGAGUGUUUGUGUUGUAUGAACUCUCCCCCAUGAUGGUCAAGUUCACAGAAAAGCAGCGAUCGUUCACACAUUUCCUGACAGGAGUAUGUGCCAUCAUUGGGGGGGUGUUCACAGUGGCUGGCCUAAUAGACUCAUUGAUAUACCACUCAGCCAAAGCUAUACAGAAGAAGAUUGAGCUGGGCAAGGCCUCCUAGUGGUGGAAUUCUAUGGUGCUGGAGUUAGCGCAGCCUGUGGUGUGCCCCAAUCUCCGGAAGGCUCUCUUGGAUAAAGGAAGUGACUACAAACAGACUCACUGCUUCCUACUUAAGCUGACAACACACUAGGAACUUUUCACAUAUUUCCCAGAAUGGAUGAAUCUGUCUGAACUCUCUCACAUCUCAACCUCUGAGAUUCUGCUGUUUUCUUCAGUUUCUUUGUUCCACAAACAAAAGUGCAUUUUCCACAAUCCCCCUCGAAGCCCCACCCCCUAUGCGUUUGUGAAGUUCAGAAAUGAUCGGACUCGCAUUAGCAAUUUGCUGUCAAUCUGUACCAGCCAAUCACAGAACAUGGGGUUGGGAGUUAUUGCCAUGUAUUGCUGACUCAUGUCCAAUAGUUUGAGAUCUGAGUAAACACCCAAAGGGAGUCUGAGAUGCCAGUCUAGAGAAAACUAAGGACAACGGCUUUUCCCCAAAGUGUUGGUAGUGAUUCACAGUCGAUUCCGUUUUGAAAACAGAUUCCGAUCGUUUGUUUUCUUUCAUCUCGCCACUUUAUCUUACUUGCCAACUAUUCUUCUGUGUUGCAGUGGACAUAUCCUCGACCAUCACGCUUUCUUUACUUAAUAAAAAGUCAUUUGUAGUGUGUUGUUUCCCAACAGACAGAGUGUCUGUGUCGCUCGGUGAAUGUGCGUGAUGUGUGGAAUCCCACUGGAUGAGAGUGCCACUCAAGGAGACUGGGUUGGCUGUUUUGGAUGUGAUGGCACCUUUGACAUCCAGUUCAGGGGGCAGGGGAAGUCACGCGUAGGUGUGAGUGUGUGAAUGUGCAAGGGUGUGUGUGAGGAGUGUGUGUGUGUGUGUGUUCAUCUGGUGCUGUGAACAGCCUAUUUUGCAGGUGGGAAAGAUGUAUUUAUAUUGUCCAAAACCGUUUUUAAAAUUAUGAAAAUAAAUGUUGAAUAAACCA